AUGACAAGUUUGCCAAGCAUUGAUGCAAUUGUAGCAAAAGUUCUCUCUCGAAAUGGUAUAAAUUGGAUACGUGUUCCAGUUGAAAGAGUUCCAGAAGAAUCUUCACAAUUGAAUGAGGCUGAAAUAAAUUUUUAUAAAGAAGUAUCUGAUCAAGCAACAGAAGCAAAAAAAACAUUUACGUCAUACAAUUUAAAAUUUACUCAAGGAUUCAUUGGGAUGACAAUCAUGGGGAAAAAUCAAACAAUCCAAUCAUUGGAUCAAUGUUUAUCAUCAUUAGAAAAUUAUGAAAGUAUUGAAUUCAUGGUUCAUCCAGGGUUUAAAAUAAGUCAUUCCAGUGAUUUAGAUACUGCAGGUUGUGGAAACCCUGAAGGACCUGAUUUGUUCUCUCAGUCAAAUGAUCGAGAACAUGAAAUGGCAUUUCUUACAAGCGAUGAGUUUCGAAAGUAUCUACUGGCCCAUAGUUAUGAACUUGUAGCAUUUUCUAACAUUUCAUAG